AGUUGUAGUAUUCAUCUUCAUCAUGGCUGGAUGUCUUUGGUGUGCCAUCCUAAUGUUAUCCUUCCAAGUGAUUCAAGUACAAGGUCAAGAACCACAGAUGAUGGUUCAGCAUUUUGUUGGCAACCAAAUUAUCUUCACUUGCUCUCUGCCUCGAUCUGUGAAACAUGAUACAAAAUGUAACCUGUACUUUGGAGAGGCAAGUCGUCCAAUCAUAACAACAACUGUUGGGAAGAAAAGCAGCUCAAAUAGCGAACAGAGGUUCUGCCAGUUUUUCUUUCAAAUUAAUAAUUUUUUGAGGCAUCUAGAUUUUGUUCAACAAAAAGAUGCCAGUUGCGAUUACAGUUUGCAAAAGGAGUCUUUGUCUUUGUCUUAUCGUAGUGUAAGAUACAACUUGAAAGAUUGCCUUCAACAAAUUAAAGCUCAAGCCAUUGCUUCACCUGAACUGACACUGAAUCCACCUGCGAUCACAGAGACUGACUCAGUCACACUGAACUGUCAGACUCCAUCAUCUGUUUCUGUGUCUCAGUGUGAUUUCUACAUUGCAAGCCAAAAACUGUCCAAAGGUUCCUCCUGUGUGCAGACACUGACAGCGACUGAGCUGCUGGAGAUUGCACAUAUGAGUUUACCUGCUGAGGUUGAAAUCUUCUUCCACCUAAACUGA